AGCGGACGGACACUGCUUGUUUUCGUUUUCAAAACAAACCAGCCUUCAACGUUUAGCUAUGUGCUACGUGACCUAAACCUCUGAGCUUUGUUGAGAUGGAUUGGUAACGUAAAACAAUAUGUUGAUAUAUUAACUAGUGAAACAAUGGCAGUGUUUGUCGUAGAGGAUUAGCUAUCACUUCCUCGGAAUAGCUUCAGAGUAUUUUUAGCUAACGGUAGAUAGCUAAUAGUAGAAGCUAGUCACGCAAGCUGUUGUUAACCGCACUAGCAGUAUUAACGUAUGUAAUGUCUCAAGCUAUGCGUUGACAGGUCGCAACACGCAAAACUGCACAUGACAUCAAAAUCAUAGUUUGGGGGUUAGCUAAUAUUAAAUUGGGUAACUUUAGCGGAUACACACAGACAACCGCUCUGAUACUCAUCUCGACGUUAGCACGUAGCUAGCUUACAUCAUAAGAAAACAUCUCGACUAUUGAGCAACAAAGGAAAGUAACGUUAGGACGUCAGAACGGUGGGCAGAGCUCGGUGCCAGCCUGUGUAGCUUCAAGUCAUGCAUGACUUGAGGAGGUGUUCACUGUUCAAGAGAAUCCUGUCCACUGUAUAGUGGUGAAGAGGUUGAUAACCAUCAGUGAGAUCUUGGGGCUUGUGUACCUGCAUAAUGCCUGGCCUCGUGGUGUUUGGACGGCGGUGGGGGAUCGCCAGUGACGACCUUGUGUUCCCCGGCUGCAUUGAACUGUUCCUCCGUAUACUUUGGUGGAUUGGUACCAUGGUCCUGUUCACUUAUCACAAGGGUCAUUUCGAUUGUAAUGGGAAAGGAGUUCUUCACAGCUACCUGGUUGGACUUUUGGUUGUGCUGGCGCUCAUCAUCCUGUCACUGUGUGCUAUUGUCUACGUCAGUGCCCAAGGUACCAUUACAAACUCUGGGCCACGGCGCUCUAUCCCUGCACUGGUGUACCUGCGAGCUCUCCUGUACAUCCCUGAGCUGGUGUGGGCUUGUCUGGGAGCAGUCUGGGUGUCUGAUGACAGCAAAGGCUGCGAUCCGGCCACAGUGGGUCUUGUCAUCGCAGCAGUGGUUACCAGCUGGAUCAUCCUGCUGUUCACUGCGUUGGGCGUGAUAUUUGUGUUUGACCCUCUUGGCAACCCCCGUCCGCCACCUGAAGCCAGUGAGCCACUGGGAGUGAGAGACAUGCAGAGCAAUGAGAGCACCCAGUUCCUCUCCACAGCUCGCACCCUGGCCGUCAAGGUGUGGGAAAACAGGCUGCGGCUACUCUGCUGUUGUCUGCCGCAGGACGAAAGCCACCGAGCAGCGUUCUCCAGCAUUGCGCAGCUCUUCAGUAAAUUCUUCUCUGACACAGAUCUGGUCCCCAGUGACAUAGCAGCUGGUUUGGCUCUGCUGCACCAGGAGCACGAUAAGAUGGAGCUAAGUAGAGACCCAGACGUCGUAGUUGACCACAGCCCCUCGUCUCCCAUCGGAGAAGAUUUGGAGACUGAGUUGGAGAAAGCAACUCAUUGUAUGCAGUUUGCUGCAGCAGCUUAUGGCUGGCCAUUGUAUGUUUACUCCAACCUCCUUACUGGGCCCUGCAAACUCAGUGGAGACUGCUGCAGAAGUCGCGCAGCCGAGUAUGACAUUGUCGGAGGAGACCACCUCGGCUGUCACUUUUCAUCCAUCCUGCAGACCACUGGGUUGCAGUACAGAGACUUCAUCCAUGUCAGCUUCCACAACCAGAUCUAUGAGAUUCCCUUUUAUGUGGCUCUGGAUCAUAAGAGAGAGGCUGUUCUGGUGGCUGUCAGAGGAACACUGUCACUGAAGGAUGUCGUGACAGACCUGUCUGCUGCAUGUGAGAACCUGCCUAUCGACGGAGUGUCUGGAGCCUGCUACGCCCACAAGGGCAUAUGCCAGGCGGCGAAUUACAUCUACAGGAAGCUGGUCAAUGACGGCAUCCUGAACCAGGCUUUCUCCAUUGCACCGGAGUAUAAACUAGUCAUCACUGGUCACAGUCUGGGUGCUGGCACGGCGUCAGUGCUGGCUAUCCUCUUGCGCAACUCCUACCCCACCCUGCAGUGCUACUCAUUCUCUCCACCAGGGGGACUCCUGAGUAAAGCCUUAGCUGAUUACUCCAAAGACUUUGUGAUCUCUGUUGUGCUGGGAAAGGAUCUGGUUCCCAGAUUGAGCAUUCCCAAUAUGGAGGAUCUCAAGAAAAGGAUUCUUAAAAUAGUUUCAAAUUGCAAUAAGCCAAAGUACCGCAUCCUGCUGCAGGGAUGUUGGUACGAGUUGUUCGGAGGAGAACCGGAUGACUUCCCGACUGAGAUGGAAAACAGGAGGGAGGAGGAGCUCAACCAGCCGCUGUUAGGGGAGGAGUCACUGAUCAUUCGCCAUUCAUCAUCCUAUCAGAGCCUGGCGUCAGACGACUCACCUGCCCACACUGCUGCCCAUUUACCGCUCUUCCUACCCGGGCGCAUUCUGCAUAUCACAGAAGAUGGGCCGUCACGGAGAUCCUGUUUUUCCCAGGUUCGCUACCGUGCAGACUGGUCCAACGAAAUGGCGUUCAGGAGUAUUUUGAUCAGUCCCAGGAUGCUUGCAGAUCACAUGCCUGACAUUUUGCUUGGAGCACUCAAAAGUCUGACCAGCGACAAGCCCUACUCCCUCUGCCCAUCGUCGUUAAACAACAGCCAGCACAAUACUAUCUGAAAUGUGUCAUAAAGACUUUGACUCCUUCUGUCUGUUCUCCCAGACUCUCCAGUAUUUUAAGCCCACUUCUGUUUGUGUGUUUGAUUUUCUCCACACCUGAUCUAGGAUCAAAUGCAUCACGCUCCUCAUUUGCAUUUUGUUUGCAGGCCUGAUCCUAAAGCCCCUUUUUUUUUAAUGGAAACAUUUGGAAACUGGAUUGUAAUGGCGAUGGAAUACAUGAAACCAUAGAGAUUUACCUGCUGAGAGCUCCGUGAAUGAUCAGUUACCAAGUAGGGCCACAAGUACUUUGUUAAAUUGCACUUUUAUCUAUUUAAUUCAAGUCAUUUGUUUUAUUUCAACUCUCUUGAGUUACUCUAUGAGCAACUUUAUGCCAUGAUCUUUGAAUGUGCAUUGUGUAAAAUAUUUGACAGUGCUGCUGUUUUACUGUGUUCUACAUUUAAUGUUUGUGUGAGUGCUGUGUGCCUGGUAGAGUCUGCCCUCGCCCUCUGCGCACUUAAAGCGUCAGACGCUGUCUUCCUUAUCUGUGGAGACGACUGAAGAGCAGUCCGAUCCGGGAUGUGAGGAUUUAAGGGUAACUUUUACCUCCAAAAGUGGACUGAAGCAUUUGGUCUUUAUUGUAGUAACUGUAGUUAGUCCGUCUUGUGUUUAAUGUCUUGAAACAUCAGGGUGAACAGUGCCUAUGCAUUACAGAAAAAUACGUCAGCAGGAUUGCUUUAAAGGAAAAGAGUGAUGAGUGCAGUGUUUUUACACUAAGUUCAGCAUUUUCUACAAUGCAGUUUGAAUAGCGCAUGAUGUUCUGCAAAACAAACAAAAAAAGAUAGAUGUAAGAGGUAAAAAGAUUGUACUUAUCCAAUGUGUGGGAACCUGUUUACUUGCCAUGAAUAUCACAUCUUUCUUUUUUUCAAGGUAAUAUAUAAUAUUAAAGUUUGACUCAACUGAUGCCUGCAUUACUGUUUCACAUUUCCAAUUGGACUCCUUGAUGCAAAUAAAAAAUCUUGUGAAGCACA